CCAAAGCAACUACGACAACCCCAAAGAAAGAGCAAGAGGCAAGGCCACACAAUUCUCCACCGCCACAAGAACAGGGCACGGAGGAGGAAGAGGCCAAUGGAGGCGGCGCCGCUUUUAGAUCGCCCAGGCGGCGAUCGGGACAAGGAGGAUCAGGAGAUCGCCGGACUGGCGAAGCGGAGUUGGAUUGAGUCGAAGAAGCUGUGGCAGAUCGUAGGACCGGCCAUCUUCGGGAGGGUCGCCCUUUACAGCAUGAACGUCAUCACGCAGGCCUUCGCCGGCCACCUCGGCGACCUCGAGCUCGCCUCCAUCACCAUUGCCAGCACCGUCAUCGUCGGCUUUAGCUUCGGUCUGAUGUUGGGCAUGGCGAGCGCCAUGGAGACGAUGUGCGGCCAAGCCUACGGCGCGAGGAAGUUCCACAUGCUCGGCAUCUACCUGCAGCGGUCGUGGAUCGUCCUUUUCCUCUGCGCCGUCCUCCUCCUUCCGAUUUACUUGUUCGCCACGCAGGCGCUCCUCCUGACAGGGCAGCCGCCGGACCUGGCGGCGCAGGCCGGCGCGGUGUCCCUCUUGUUCAUCCCCACCCACUUCUGCUUCGUCUUCCUCUUGCCGCUCACUCGGUUCCUCCAGUGCCAGCUCAAGAACAACGUCAACGCCGCCUUCUCCUUCACCGCGCUCCUCGUCCAUGUCUUCAUCACCUGGCUCUUCGUCUCCAGGCUCAAGUUCGGCCUCGUCGGUACCGCGCUCACGCUCAGUUUCUCGUGGUGGGCCGCCGCCGCCAUGCUGUUCGCCUACGUCGUCGGAGGCGGCUGCCCGGACACCUGGAAGGGCUUCUCUCUCGAGGCCUUCGUCGGCCUCUGGGACUUCACGAAGCUCUCCGCCGCCUCCGGCGUCAUGCUCUGCUUGGAGAAUUGGUACUACAGAAUCUUGGUCUUGUUGACGGGGAAUCUCAAGAACGCCAAGAUCGCCGUCGACGCAAUCUCGAUUUGCAUGAACAUAAAUGGCUGGGAGAUGAUGAUUCCUCUGGGAUUUUUUGCCGGGACUGGAGUGCGAGUGGCCAAUGAGCUUGGGGCGGGCAAUGGUAGAGGUGCAAAGUUCGCGACCAUUGUAUCGGUUACGACCUCGUCAGUGAUCGGUCUCUUCUUCUGGGUCCUCAUCAUGUCCCUCCACGACAAAUUCGCCCUCAUCUUCACCUCCAGCCCGAUCGUGAUCGAAGCUGUGGACAAGCUCUCUGUGAUAUUGGCAGCCACCAUUUUGCUCAACAGCAUCCAACCGGUUCUCUCAGGAGUAGCCGUUGGAUCAGGGUGGCAGGCGACGGUGGCAUAUGUCAAUAUUGGCAGCUACUAUUUAAUUGGAGUUCCCCUUGGAAUAUUCAUGGGCUGGAUCUUCAAUCUAGGAGUUCUGGGUAUUUGGGCUGGCAUGGUCGGUGGAACAGCAGUCCAGACAUUAAUUCUGGCUUUCAUUACCAUCAGAUGUGACUGGGAAAAAGAGGCUCUAAGAGCAAGCUCAAGAAUGGAGAAGUACAGCAGCAGCUCCAGUAAGCCAUGAAUUCAAAUGUUGUGAUCUCCCUAAAGUGGAAGAACUUAAUGCCUUUCUAGUUAUGGCAUUUGAUGAGAUUUUAAUGAUUAUAAAUCAUUAAGAAGUAGCUUGUCCAAAUUUACAUCUAAAUAUCGAAAAAACAUUGACGACUAUACCAAGAACAUUCAAA